AUGUUUCAAUUUCGAUUUAUACAACCACUACUAAGGAAUAAUAUUAAAUGUAUAAGGCCAAUACAAUACAGAUUUAUAAGUCAAUCUACAACUAAAUUUCAACUGUCACAACCACUGCUAUUUGGUAGAAAAAUUUCAACUUCUGAGACAUUUAUGCUUAAAUCAUUAUUCAAAACUAUAUGGCCAAAGAAUAAUGCUAACUUCAAAUUUAGAGUCAUUAUUGCAUUAUCAUUACUUAUUGGAUCUAAAGUACUCAAUGUUCAAGUACCUUUUUUCUUUAAACAAAUUAUAGAUGAAAUGAAUAUAGAUUGGACAAAUCAAGUUGGUACAAUUCCGACCGUGGUCGGUUCUUUAAUUUUAGCUUAUGGAGGUGCUAGAUUUGGUGCUGUAUUAUUUGGAGAAUUAAGAAAUGCUAUAUUUGCUUCUGUUGCCCAAUCUGCUAUAAAAAGAGUUGCAUAUAAUACAUUUGUUAGAUUAUUAAAUAUGGAUUUAAACUUUCAUUUAAGUAGACAAACUGGUGGAUUAACAAGAGCAAUAGAUAGAGGUACAAAGGGGAUAAGUUAUGUUUUAUCAGCUAUGGUAUUUCAUAUAAUACCGAUUACAUUUGAAAUUCUGAUUGUUUGUGGUAUUUUAAGUUAUAAUUAUGGGGUACCGUAUGCUACAAUGGCAUUGAUUACAAUGUUGGGUUAUUCAUUAUUUACAAUUAGAACAACUGCUUGGCGAACUAAAUUCAGAAGACAAGCUAAUAAUGCAGAUAAUGAAGCUGCUUCAGUUGCAUUGGAUUCUUUAAUAAAUUAUGAAAGUGUUAAAAUAUUCAAUAAUGAAAUGUAUCAAGCUAAAAAAUAUGAAUCAGCAUUAACUAGUUAUCAAAAUGCAAGUGUUAAAGUUGCAACAUCAUUAGCUUUUUUAAAUGCUGGUCAAAAUUUUAUAUUUACAAGUGCUUUAACUGCAAUGAUGUAUAUGGGUUGUCAAGGUGUUGCGACUGAACUGUUAACUGUUGGUGAUUUAGUUUUAAUUAAUCAAUUAGUUUUCCAAUUAAGUGUUCCCUUAAAUUUUCUUGGUUCAGUUUAUAGAGAAUUAAAACAAAGUUUAUUAGAUAUGGAAAACUUAUUUCAAUUACAAAAUGUUCCAAUUAAAAUUAAAGAAGUUCCAAAUGCUCCAGAUUUACAAGUUACUAAAGGUGAAGUUAGAUUUGAAAAUGUUUCAUUUGGAUAUCAUCCAGAAAGACCAAUUUUAGAAAAUGUAUCAUUUAUAAUCCCACCUGGUGAAAAAGUUGCCAUUGUUGGUCCUUCAGGAAGUGGUAAAUCAACUAUAUUAAGAUUAGUUUUCAGAUUUUAUGACAUUGAUUCAGGUAGAAUUUUAAUUGAUGGACAAGAUAUAACAAAAGUUUCAUUAGACUCAUUACGUAAGAAUAUUGGAGUAGUUCCACAAGAAACUCCACUUUUUAAUGAUACAAUAUAUGAAAAUAUUAAAUAUGGAAAUUUAAAAUCAACAUCAGAAGAAAUUAACCAAGUUAUUGAUUUCGUUAAACUAGAUCAGUUAAUUAAAGAUUUACCAGAAGGUUUACAAACAAUAGUAGGAGAACGUGGAUUAAUGAUUAGUGGGGGUGAAAAGCAAAGAUUAGCAAUUGCAAGAUUAUUGCUAAAAAAUUCAAAAAUUACAUUUUUUGAUGAAGCUACAUCUGCAUUAGAUACUCACACUGAACAAAGUUUAUUAAAAACAAUUAGAUCAAUUUUUAGAAUUAAUGAAAAUACAAAUAUUUCAAUUGCUCAUAGAUUAAGAACAAUAGCCGAUGCUGAUAAAAUUAUUGUUUUAAAUAAAGGUCAUGUUCAAGAACAAGGUACACACCAAGAAUUAUUAAAUUGUGAUUCAUUAUAUAAAGAAUUAUGGACAAUACAAGAAAAUUUAGAUAUUGAACAACAGUUAGUAGAUGAUGAAGAAGAAAUGAUUAAAUUAGAAGAAGAAAGAGAAAAAAAAGUGUUUAAUGGGGAUUGA